AUGAGGAAAAAAGGUUUAGAGGAUACGGAACUGAUCACCAAGUUUAUCGUCAAGGAGGAACCCACGCCUCCAGGGAACAGAUUGGAGGGUAAAGAGAAGGCAGUGAAAGAUUCCUCUACUCCUCUGAACUUCAACUACAUCUGCCUACAAGAGAUAAGACAUGAAGCAUGGAGUGAGCAUUGGGUGUUCCACGCAGCCUCCAGUGUACAAAGAGGAAAUCUUGGAAGCCUUCAAAGAGAAGGAAAACACAAACCGGAUGAACCCUAAGAAACCGAAAAUCCUCCUCUGGAUGUUCACAAAUUGAAAAAAGGCUGGAUGUUACACCUUUGUAUGUAUCUCUCGCUCAUACUGACCAUUGCCAUACUAGCAACAAAACUUUCAAAGCGUUCCCAAACUAUGGCAUGUGAGGACGAAUGGAUUGGAUUAAGAAAAAAGUGUUUCUAUUUUUCCAGUGAUACCAAAAAUUGGACAGCCAGCAAAAGAUUCUGCAGUUCACAGGGAUCAGAACUUGCUCAUAUUGAUACACGAGAGGAUAUGGAUUUUUUGAGGAAGCACGCAGGAACUUCUAUGCACUGGAUCGGAUUGAACAGAAAACAAGGAGAGUCUUGGAAGUGGACCAAUGGCACCAUAUUCAAUCCUUGGUUUGAAAUUAGUGGGAAUGGAUCCUUUGCAUUUCUGAAUGCUGACGGAGUCCGUAGUUCCAGGGGAUUUAUUGAUAUCAAGUGGAUUUGCAGCAAACCUAAGUUUUAA